CCUAUCUUAGCUAAUACUGCUCAAAAUUCACAUAAUUACAAUAUGAGAUGAUGUUUUUGUGGAGGUUAUAAAGGAGGCAGGUUUAAUGAUCAAUUUUCAUAUGGCUCUGGCUCAAGAUCGAAAGGAACUGAAGCACCAUUUGAAAAUGAUGCAAGUGUCAAACUCUUUCCAUAUAAAUUGUGGUGGAGGAAAGGUAACAACAGAAAAUGGAAAGAUGUUUGAUGAUGACUCAGAUGAAGGAGGAGCAGCUAAGUUCUAUCACAAUGAAAAUACAAAUUGGGCGUUCAGUAGUACCGGUAACUUCUUGGAAAGUACAAUUAUUACUUCGAGCUACAUUCCUUCUAUUGUGUCUAAUAAGCUCUCUAUAAAAAACAAUAAUGAUAUUGAGCUAUACACCAAUGCACGUGCAUCUCCUAUUUCUUUGACUUAUUAUGGAUUUUGCCUUGGAAAUGGAAACUACAAUGUGGAUCUGCAUUUCGCUGAGAUCGUGUUUAUUGAUGAAACAUAUAAGAGCCUUGGAAGGCGCAUAUUUGAUAUCUACAUUCAGGUACAUUUCCAACAUCAGGAUCUACAUACUACCAUAUUAUGUUAUGAAUCGUGUCUUCAAAAAGUUUAA